UAAGUUGACUUUUAUGCUGAAAUAUUACAGCUCUCCGCAAUGACCUUCAAGCAAGAGUCUUUGGGCAGCAUUUAGUCAUUGAUGUCGUUAUGAAGCACCUGCAAGCACACAUGAUAACAAAUCCAACAAGAGCACUUGCACUGUCAUUUCAUGGAGCGACUGGCACAGGAAAGAACCAUGUCAGCAAAAUUAUCGCCGAGGGUCUAUUUCGAGAGGGAAUGAGGAGCAAGUACGUCCAUUUCAUAUCUGCAAAUAAAGACUUCACACAUGCUGAUAUGGUGCCUCUUUACAAGGAGAAAUUGAGGGAAUUGGUUGAAAGCAGUGUAAAAGAAUGUGAGUUGUCUUUCUUUAUUUUCGAUGAAAUUGACAAAAUGCCACCUGGAGUGAUUGACGCUUUGACACCUUACCUGGAUUUCCACGAGCAUCUAACGGGCACUGACUACAGAAAGGCCAUCUUCCUGUUUUUAAGUAACACGGCGGGAAAAGAUAUAUUUGAUCAUACCUUAAAACACUGGAAUUUCAGAGAAAGUAUUAAACUGAAGGAAAUGGAACAAAUAAUCAGAAAGGCCACUGUUAAUACCAACUCAAGUGGCAUGUACCUUAGCGACGUUAUAAUCAAGCACCUGAUCACGGCCUAUGUCCCGUUUCUUCCGCUAGAAAGAAAGCAUGUCGAGGGGUGUAUUAAAGAUUACCUGGUAACCAAAAAUUAUUAUAAAAGGGACAGUGUUCCAGAGGGAAUAGUACAAAAAAUCAUUAGUGAACUCAACUUUUUCCCAGAAAGCUGGAACAGGUAUUUAAUUACCGGUUGUAAACGUGUUCCAGAUAAAACUGAUUACAUAAUGUUCGAUGGAUAAGACUGAGAGAUUCUGAGGUGUCAUGUUUCUUAUAACUGUAAGUUUGACUCAUGUAACGAUGAUAGACUGGGCACGUGAUGAGAAGAUUUGUAAAUAGUAUAAAUCCUAUAAAUGUCGAAUGAAUAGAGAAAAAUUUUUCAGCGUUCAAAAUGAUUUUUAUCCAUGUAUUGAAUUGCUUAUAUAAAGGACAAAUAUUUCCUAACCGAUAUCACUCCAAGUAUAAGUAUCGGACUAUGAUAUAUUUUCAUUGAUGUGUGACGUAUGUUGAGUAUUUGUUGAUAAGUGUCAAAUCAUGAAACAUAUUCAUUAAUGCUGAAUUUAAAUUCAAUACAUCCUACUGAGAUAGACAAAUACAACAGACCUCAACCUCAUUGAGUUACUCUUUAGACACAAACUAAGAUGUAUGUUAAAAUUGUUUUCCCAUUGAAAUGAUUUGAUGAAAAUGGACAGAAAGUUCAUCUUUGUAUGGUUAGUAUAAUAUAAAGAUAUUUGUUUUUCUCGCAUAAUCACCGGUGUAAGAUUGACUUGUCCGGUGUGAGACAGCAGUGUGAGAUUUUUCUGUCUUACACUGUGUAUUACUACGCCGCGAACGAUAACGUAAACAUUCCGUCUUUAUAUAAAGAAAUUGUAACAAUGUUAAAAAAUAUUACAUAUACUUAAAAUGUUGUCA